UAGGAAGCAACACUGGCAAAUUACUUUUAAUAGAUGCCAUAAAAUAAUCAAAGAUUUUAGAAAAUAACAUAGCGUUCAUUUGACCAAAAGAUUUUGUAAUUCCUUGUUCUUAGCAUUCGACACAAAGCAGUGACAUUCAAUGACAAUUAACAAUAUGUUUUAUCUACCAUCUAACAGUCGUCUAAUCGGACUCACAAUAAUCAGAAGAUUCUGCGAUUACAGAAGUUCCCCCAUGCAAAUAUACGGUAAUAUGAUGAAAGUUCCAUUACUCGCUUCAAAAACAGUGGCUGGUGAAAUAUUAAGACAUAAGCAUCAAGUCACAUAUAAGCCAUACGUGAAACCUUACUACCGGGACCACGACUCGAAGAAUAUGACUCUAAAGAGGCCAAUGUCUCCACAUCUCACCAUAUACGCUCCCACAGUGCCAGCGAUGACAUCCAUAACACAACGUAUUACAGGUACGAUAACAACAGUCUACGCUCUUCUACUAGCUGGCGGGACUCUCUUCCUGUCGAACGGCAUCGAAUCAUACGUGUCCGCCAUUCAAAGCUUAGACCUGUCGAGACCUUCAAUAUUCGUCAUUAAAUUCAUACUGGGCGCACCGUUUGCCUACCACUACUUCUGUGGCAUCCGAUACUGCGCUUGGAACGCUGGAAAAUGGCUAGCCAUGAAGGACGUGUACGCAACAGCGUAUAAAUCUGUCGUGUUGGCCGCCAUUGUAGCAUUAUUUUUUGCUAUCUUAUAAUAGUCAAAGAAAUCAUCUAAUCUCGCCCAGUCAUCAUUCUAGAAAAUCAUCAAUGGAUUUAAAUAUUUUUUUUUUAAUUCAUUUAAUUAAAAUUAUAAUUUGUAAUGCUUUAUUCUUGUUUGGAUUAUGUGUAAGCAAAUUUUACGUUUCUAUUUUAUCCUUUUUUAGUACUUUAAAUCAUAUGUCUACAUCUAGAUAGAACGAGUGUCACAAAAUGCCUUUAAAUAGAUUAAGCAAUAUUUUAAAUACACUAUCGAGACUUAAGGUGACGUGACUGCAAGUAAAUAGUAACUACAUACCUCAUUUUGAUUGUCGACGUGUAUUAGCGUGGAUUAAAAUAAAUCUUGCAAUAAAAUUCAGGUAUGUAAGUACUAUGUACACGAAAUCGCGUCGCUUUAGUCCCGAUAGUGUAUAUAAAAUAUGUGUCAACAACG